CUCGAAAGAUACAACGGGCGAAGAUGGCAGCACGCACGCGGCCGUCCAUGACAGCGGACCGCCUGGAGGUCAUUCUGCACGAUGCAUGUGAUGCCAUGGGGAGAGGCGAAGCCCCUCGGUCCGAGACGUGGCUCGCGUACAUCCUCGAGGCCAUGGCCACGCCUGCCGACGAGCACGAAGCCCUCGCUGGGCGCUUUGGCGUGCCCGCUGAUGUAGCCAAGACGGCGCAUGAUAUUCUGGAGGCGCGCAAGCCCGACGUGCAUCGGUACCUCGUGCGCCAAGCGAUUGCAUUGACGCCGACGCACCUUGUCAGCUUCGACUACACGGUUCGGCUUGUCAUGACGAGCAGCACGCUCCACGGAGUGCUCUACCCCGUUCUCGUGCUCCUGCUCUUGCUCCAAGAUGCCAACGGUGCCCAGCGCGAGGUGCGCUUUGAGAUGACGAAAGAUCAAGUAGAUGAUCUACUUGCAGAAUUCGACACGAUUGAGAAGACCCUCUCGGGCGUCAUGCCGCAAGACGUUGUCUAGCAGUAGCCAGCCCAACAUACUUGCAAUACAUCAAGUUUGUAUCAAGUUAGCCAAACGCAAAGU